AUGUCUCGGUUUAGACGGCGACAGUAUGACGGUUAUAUAUCUGUGCCUAACGACGAUAGUGGAUUUUCGGAUGCCCAGUUCGAAGCACCGCCUCAGAAGAUACCUUGGAAAGCUUUAAGUUUAGCGGCAUUUUUAUUUAUCGUUGGAACUUCGUUAUUAUUAGUAGGAAGUCUUAUUGUAACUGGUCAUAUAGACACCAAAUAUUCCGACAGAUUAUGGCCAAUGAUUGUAUUGGGUUGUAUAAUGUUCCUGCCUGGAGCGUACCAUAUGAGAAUAGCAUAUUAUGCAUACAAAGAAUAUCCAGGAUAUAGCUUUGAAGACAUACCAGAGUUUGAAUAA